UAAUUUAACGAAUACUAUAAAUUAAGCCUAUAGCCUAGGCCUAGAUGUAGCCUAAAGACCCCCAUUAUACAGCCUAGGCUACAUUUCCUUUAAUAUAUUAGGGUAUCAUCAGGACUGUCAAACACUGAAGAAUAAUAGGCUACAGACUUGAAUGAAGGGGUAUGACGUUUUUAUAUAGCCUAUAUAUUAUCAUGAUUUAAACUAAAUAAAUCAGAUAUUAGUGAAAUAUUUUAAGAUAAAUGAAGGUGAGCAGCAUUAAUGUAUCCUCUCCCGUGGUGUUUACAAAAAGAGUGAAUGUCGUCACUCUCGCCAUCCAAUCCGGAACUUGAAGUACGUCUUGUAAUAGAACUUGUUUCCACUCGGACACUUUUUCCAUUCAUUACUUAGCGGCAAUGGCAGCACUGAGGAAGGCACUCCAUGGACGCUUCAUUCAGACCCUCCCCUCCUGCUUGGGGUCCUUGCGGUUUGCCAGCUCCUCUUUCAAGGCCGCCGACCUCACUAUCGAGAAGAACCCCUCACUGAAGCCCAAACCCGACCCCUCAAAGCUGCUGUUCGGCAAGCAGUUCUCCGACCACAUGCUGACCAUCUACUGGUCGGAGCAGGACGGGUGGCAGGUGCCGCAAAUCAAGCCCUUCCAGAACCUCUCCCUCCAUCCAGCGGCCUCUGCCUUGCACUACUCCAUAGAGCUGUUUGAGGGCAUGAAGGCAUUCCGUGGAGUCGACAACCACAUCCGCCUGUUCAGGCCCAUGCACAAUAUGGAGCGCAUGCACCGCAGUGCAGACAGGUGCUGCCUACCGCUCUUUGAUAAAGCAGAGUUGCUGGAGUGCAUCAGGAAACUGGUGGAGGUGGAUCAGGAGUGGGUGCCGUACUCCACAGAUGCCAGUCUGUACAUCAGGCCCACGUUCAUUGGUAUUGAGCCUUCACUGGGUGUGUCGCGAGCUGGCCAUGCGCUCAUCUUUGUGAUCAUCGGCCCCGUUGGGCCCUAUUUCACUACAGGAGCCUUCAACCCAGUCUCUCUGCUGGCCGACCCGGCCUACGUCCGGGCCUGCAGGGGUGGAGUGGGGGCCUACAAAAUGGGAGGUAACUAUGGACCCACGAUAGCCGUUCAGAACGUGGCCAAUCAGCAGGGCUGUCAGCAGGUCUUGUGGCUGUACGGGGAUGAGGAGGAGAUCACGGAGGUCGGCACCAUGAAUCUCUUCAUCUACUGGACCACAGAGUCAGGAGAAAAGGAGUUAGUUACUCCCCCUCUGGACGGCAUCAUUCUUCCAGGAGUCACUAGGCAGUCUCUGCUGGACCUCGCCCGAGACUGGGGAGAGUUUAAAGUGACCGAACGCACACUUACAAUGAAGGAGCUGAUGGACAGUCUGGCUGCUGGUCGAGUCCUGGAGGUGUUUGGCGCUGGCACCGCCUGUGUCGUUUGCCCUGUAGGAAGCCUGCUCUACAGAGGAAAGACUUACGAUAUUCCUACCAUGAAGAAUGGCCCAGACUUGGCAAAGAGAUUCUACAAAGAGCUAACUGAUAUCCAGUAUGGACGUACACAGAGCAAGUGGGCACCUCUGGUCGUUUGAUUGGCCCCUGCACCUGCCAGUCACGACUAUGACCAUUCUUCCAUAGGCAAAGGCAAAGAAUGUGUGCUCCAGCCCGCCUCCCUUUCCACCCACUCACGCACUCUUUCUGAUUGGUUGGAUGACUGAGAUGGACGGGUGUUCUCUGAUGCCCACAGGUCACAUUGAAGCCUGUUUUUUUUUUAUUUUGUUUUAUUUUGUUUUAUUUCUGUGUAUCUUUUUAAAUGUAGACUUUUAAAGGGACUUGGGUACUGAUGCAUCUGAUUUUAACUCUUAUCACAGAGCAACCACUAGAUGAAAUAGGUAUGCACUGCAGUGAAUGGGCCUCAGUUAGUCUAGACUAUUUACAAUUGACUGGAAUCCCUCCCCCCGCCCCCCAACAUGAGAGCAUUUCUUAAAUAAUCCACUACCUUAGCAGAGCACAACUGUCUACAUUGGUAUACCACCCCCCCCCCCCUCCAUAGCACGCUUUAUCAGAAGAACCUAGGCUAAGUCCGUAAACGCACAACAGACUGACCCACAUUCAUUGCUUUUAUGUAGAUUCUGUUACUCAUGCAGCUGUUCGGUUUGAAGGAAAUGUCAUAUCAAAACCUUUAGGCCUCAAAGGAAUACACAAGGAAUAUAAUUGUAAAAUGUUUGGUAAACAAGGAAAAAGGUACUGUAGGAACAAAAUGUUACUGCUUCACACAGAAAAAAAACAUCGUUUUUGUUUGUUUGUUUUUUUAAUAUAGACGUACUGUAGUAAAUCUUUUGGUUACAUGAAAUGUACAGACUAACUCAAGUGUUGUCAUUGGGAUACUGCUAUUUUCUAUGAUGCUAUGUUGACAUAGCUUUUUUAUGGGCCAGGUAAACAACUGUUAUAUCAUGCUGUAUUCAUGCUCACUCUGGUGGUUCUUUUCCCCCCUCUGAGAAUCAUAUACUGUUUUGGGUCAAUUCUGAGUGAAUGAGAGUGUGUCUGUAUGAGUGCAAGAGUGUAUGCAUGCUUUUUUUUUUUGGUGUUUUGUCUCUUUGAGUUACUACCAUGACAAGUUUUUGUCAAACCAGCUUGAGAUUAAAAUGUAGAGGUCAAGACGAACCUGCACGCACAAAUAAAGAACUUGUAGGUGAGCUGCAUAGUACAGGCCGGAGAAAGACCACUUUUAGAUAUGCGGUCAGGAACACUACUGCACUAGGUUACGUGUCAUGUUAUGUGACUUUUUUUUGUGUGUGUGUUGACCGUACAGUGCAUAUUUGUUAGUACACUUGUAGAAUGAUGGCAAAUAUUUUUCUUGGAUUUUAACUUAUUGCAGUUUGUUUUUCUCUUUACAUGUGCUUAAGUUUGGAACUCCUCUAUCUUUGUAUGUGUGGUUUGAGGUGGCUACCCAACAUGUAAUAGGCCCUCAUUUUUCUCCAUAUUUCUGUCUGCUUUUUCCUGUUUAUUCCUUCCCUCUCUGUGCUUUUACUGUUUUCCAACAACACUCCAUCCUUCUCUUUCCUUGCCUUUCUAAGUGCCUGAUGGAAUAGGACGUAGUCUGUAGGCUUCUUUGGAAGCGUAUGCAUCUCCACUGAGGGCUUUGCUGCUGAGGCUUUUAUUGAGUGUUUGUACUGUACUUUGUGUUGUUCUUAACUUUCUGUUGUUAAACUAUUUUUACAGUAAAUAAAUGUGUCUCUUAUUGGCAAA